UAUCAAAUUAUGAAGAACAAAACAAAAAGAAAAAUAGAAAAAGAAAGAUAAAAUUUUCUGACCAAUAAGAUUCAGAUACAUGGAUCACAUUUCUUAGCCAUUGGAUUAACUUAGAUCUAAAGGUUGAGAUUUAUUCAUUUUAUUUUUUAUUUUUUCCUCUCUCUCUCUUUCUCUCCACGACAGAAUCUCAUCUCAUUCUCCUCUUUUUUUUUCGAUUCACUCUCCAUCUUCUCCAUCUCCUCCUUCACUCUCAUAUCUCAUAUCUCUCAUUUCUCCGAUCUCUGUCCCACCGCGUCUCCUCCUCGUCUCACCACCACCGUGUCUCCUCCUCUUCUCACCACCACCGUGUCUCCUCCUCUGCUCAUCACCACUGCGGUCGCCUUCCCACCCCCACCACGGUGGUCGUGAGCAGAGUUGCUGGUCUGUGGUCGUGAGCAGCCGUGAGCAGAGUCGCCGGAAGUGGAUCCUUGACGAAUCAGAGACUCCACCGGUGAGGAUCAGAAGAAUAAGAAUCGGUGAUUCUUUUGUUCUUAGUAGAUACAGGGGUGAAGGAAGAUGAAGAAGAUGAAGAAGAUGAAGGUGGUGAAGGAAGAUGAAGAAGCUCAAUGGAUUUUAAUCUACAAAGGGACAAAGGACAAAAAAAAAAUCUAUAACCACCAAAACUAAUCUCUUAUGGGAUAAAUGAGUGUAAGUUAUGAUUAUACCCUUAAUGAAAGCUCAACAUCAACCAUUGGAUCUGAUUCUUCACGUUAUAAUCUGAGCCGUCCGAUCUUUAAAGAUGAAAUAUUUACAAUAAUGCCAUUAAUGAAACUUGUCUCUCAGCCGCUGGAUCUUAUGAGUCUGUUUUAAUCUUAGCCAUCAGAUUUUGUCUGGGUCCCACUGAAAAUUUAAUCACUCUUCUUCUUCUCCAUUUCUUCUUCAACCAUACCCAACCACGAAAAUUCAUUUCCUUCACCAACCAAACCUCUAUUCUUCAACUCUUCACCCACAAACCUGUACCUCUGUUUCUUAGGGUAUUUUUACAGGUUAUGACACCGUGAAACAUCCCAUUUGCGUCGUCCUUGGUUCUGAAAUCUAUUGGAAGUAUGGAUAGCAAUGGAUCUGUGGUGAUACACUUUGAACAUGGUGUAGACCGACAUAUUUCUACUUUGGUGAUGAAAGGAAGAUAUGAGGAGAUUACUUAUUCCCACUUGGUUGAUAGAAUAGGCAAAAAACUGAAGAUUGAUGUAGAUGCCACCAAGCUUCAACUGAGUUACUUUCCGCUGGUCUUGGAUAAUAAAAAUUCUUGUUAUAUCUUGGAUGAUGAAGUUGUUUUAGGAUAUUUGAUGAUGGUAGAUAAGAAGAACCGACGUUGUGUCUUGCAUGUGGAACUUGCCAAAAUUGUCUCAGAAAAUCAGAGCAACGAGAUGUUUUCUAUAAAUGAGGAAAAUCUGAGUGAUGCCAGAGCUAAUGAUGGCAUGGUUGGAGUUGGAGAGUUGGAAAUUGUUCCUCAUAUUCAGGAGGAUGAGUUUGAGCAUGAGAAAAUCAGUGAAGAGGGUGAUGAAAUGGAUGAUAGGGAGGAGUUGCCGGCUGUUACAGCAGUUAAACCUCCUGUUGUCAAUUCAGAAUGGGAUGAUGGCAUUGAUAUUAGUCUUCAUCAAGAAUUUGCGACUAGAGAAGAAGUGAGGGAUUUAGUGGACAAAGGUGUGCAUUCCAAUUGUUUUGAGGUUGAUAUACAGAAGUCGAAUCCUCGGGUUUACAUAUUGAAAUGUCGUGGGGCUGGAUGCAGAUGGUAUUUACGAGCUGCAAAGCUGAAGAACUCUGAUUUUUUCUCUAUCAGAACAUAUAGAAAGAUUCAUACGUGCUCUCGUGGAGAUGCAAGUGUCAUGAAGAGGAAGAAAAGAGGCACGCCAAGCUUGGUCGCAUCAGUGGUGCACUCUGAUUAUCCCGGCAAAUACAAGACUCCGGAUCCAAAGACUCUCAUAGAUUUGGUGCAGAACAAGCUGGGUGUUAAGGUUUCAUAUUCUACGGCUUUGAGAGGGAAAAAUAAAGCUUUGAGUGAUUUGCGUGGUAACCCGGAGGAGAGUUUUGCUAGGCUGCCAUCUUACUUGUACAUGUUACAAAGGAUGAAUCCUGAUACCAUUACACGAUUAGAAGUGGAUGAGAAGAACCAGUUUAAGUAUAUGUUCUUUGCGCUCGGAGCUUGCAUCGAAGGGUUCAAGGCGAUGAGGCAAGUGAUAAUAAUGGAUGGAACUCACCUGAAGGGUGUGUACAAAGGAGUGCUUCUCAUUGCCACUGCUCAAGAUCCAGAUCAUCAUCAUUAUCCCCUUGCUUUUGCAGUAGUAGAUGGUGAGAAAAAUGCAAGCUGGGAGUGGUUUUUAACUAUAUUAAAAACUUUGAUACCAGAUGAUCCUCAGCUUGUAUUUUGUACUGAUAGAAACCAAAGCAUCAUCAAGAAAGUACACGAGGUAUACCCAUUGGCGAUCCAUGGAUAUUGCAAUUAUCACUUGUCUAAUAAUGUCAGCGGAGCUUGCAGCAAUGUUAACAAGAAAGGGGUUGCCAAAAAAUUUAGAAGUAUUGCUGGUAUUUACAGUGAGGUGGAGUUGAUCAAAUGCUACAACGAUUUCAGGAAAAUGUAUCCUCAAGCGGCCGAGUAUCUAGAUGACAGUGUUCAUGAGACAAAAUGGGCAAGAUGUAAAUUUCCGGGAGAAAGGUACAACAUAGACACAACCAACACUGUUGAAUCUAUCAAUGGUGUUUUGAAGGAACCAAGGAAAUAUGCGUUGUUGCCAAUGCUUGAUGUGAUCGUGGAAAAGAUAACAGAAUGGUUCAACAAAUACCGUCUAUUAUCUCUACGCGUACCAGAGAGGCAGAUACUAAUCCCACAUGUGCAUGGGAUAUUGCAUCACAUAUAUCCUUCGGCUAAAAAGCUGAAGGUGACCGAGCUAAAUACAUUUGAAGGUCACUACAAUGUGCUUGGCGAGGAUGGUCAUGGUUAUUUGGUUGAUCUGAGCAACAAAACAUGCUAUUGUAGGUGUUUUGAUAUUGAUCGGUAUCCUUGUGUGCAUGCACUUGCUGCCAUCAUGGCGCGUGGAGAAAUGGCUGAACAUUAUUGUUCUAGGUAUUACUGGAUGGAGCAGUGGACUUUGGCAUAUUACAGGACAAUAUAUCCAGUGCCUCAUCAUUCAACAUGGGAAAGUUCUGAAAUUCCUGAGGAAAUCCGAUAUCAGGUUGUCCUCCCUCCGUAUGUGGAGAAAAAAAAGGAAGACUACAAGUUACUAGAUUCCCAUCUGCCGGAGAAUAUCGGAGGAAGAGAAAGAAGAAGUUUCCACCAUUGAUUGGUGAAAACGAAGAAAGUGACAGUGAUGGCAGUGACAGUGAUAGCAGUGGUAGUGACAGCAGUGGAAAUGGGAACGAAGGAGGUGACAACGAAGGAAGUGGUAACGAAAAAAAUGAUGAAUGAGUCUCAUUUGUGUUGUAGAAUUUAUUUGUGUGUUGUGGAACUUAUUUGUGUUGUAGAAUUUAUUUAUGUGUUGUGGAACUUUAUUUAUGCAUUAUGUUGUUUCAA